GUUUUUAAGCUUGAAUUGUUUCUUCCUGAAGAAUAUCCCAUGGCCGCUCCCAAGGUCCGCUUCCUAACCAAAAUAUAUCAUCCCAACAUUGACAAGCUAGGACGAAUAUGCCUUGAUAUUCUGAAAGAUAAGUGGAGUCCAGCUCUGCAGAUUCGAACAGUUCUGUUAAGCAUCCAAGCGCUUUUAAGUGCUCCAAACCCAGAUGAUCCACUUUCAGAUAACAUUGCAAAACAUUGGAAGACAAACGAAGCAGAAGCUGUGGAGACAGCCAAGGAGUGGACUCGCCUGUACGCCACCGGAGCUUGAACGGCCAACUUACUGUGAAAUUCUGCCAUUAGUGAUUUUCUAUCAUAUUUCUAGAUGGUGUUGAUGAACUUUCAAAGGGUCAGAGCUUCCUCUUCAAGCUUGAGGUAGCCCUGACAACUGCUUUGUUGACCUAAUAUUGCUCUGAAAGUAACUAACUUGAAUGUCUUUUAGCUUCAGCUAUUGUAACUGUUGAAUUUGGCCUUAAGUUGUGAAUUUCUUGCUUUCACAAUAAGCAAUCUAUAAGGUGCUUUAUCAUGAUGCAGAAUUAUUAUUAUUAUUAUUAUUU